AUGCCUUUUUCACAAUCAAAUACAUUACCGGACAUGCCAAUGGCCUCUGACAGAUACCUUGAGGAUCAAAUAAGUCCGUCAAGUCGUCCAUUGGACUUGUUCGACACCAAAACAAACGAACCCCUCCCUGCCAACUGGUCCUAUGACAAUACCCUCGAUCUGUUCUCGAUGAACACUGACAUCGAUGGAACGGCGUUUGACUUCGCCGACCUGACCACCGCCGACACAAAGGAUUUGUUCAUGGACCCCUUUUCAUCCUCAUCCGCCAUCAACGGAUACUCUAUGCCCGUUGCUGAAGACACAGUAUCCCUCUCAUCGGAUCUCGACAGCGACGACCAAUCAUGGUCUGUACGCCCCUCGGUGGAUUUCAGCAUGCCCGAGCCACCGGCUGAACGGCCCUCCAAACCCACCACCCGUAGCUCCACCAGCGCAGCCCGGUGGUCCUCAAGUCCGGAGAUCAAAACACAGGAAUACACCCCACGAGUCGAGAAAUCCACCUCCGGCCGCAAGACCCGCAGUCUCUCACAAGACUCGAUCCCGUCCGCGGGCCAAGACGCACAGGGCCGCAACGCUGCCAAACGAGCUGCACACAACAUCAUCGAAAAACGAUACCGCACAAACAUGAACGCCAAGUUCCUCGCCCUGGAAAAAGCCAUCUCCCCGGCCGGUGCCCCCAAGCAGGCGUCACGGGCGGGAGCAGGCUCGCUCAAGAAAUCCGAGAUCCUCUCCAACGCUCUCUCGUACAUCGAGCACGUUCAACACGAGAACCAGGCCAUGCAGAAGGAGCUUGCCCUGCUAAAACAGAACAUGCUCCCCGGCGGAAUCUGGCGACAAACGAAACCAUCUCGCGUGUGA